UGCAGUAUGGUAAUUUUCUCUUCUCUCAUCCCUCCGUUCUCCACAUCCUCUACCCACUCUCAGGCUACACUAUUCUCUGUCUCCUGAUGUCCUGGGUUUCUUUACAGAUUAUACUGGCUGUUACUGAUCGACCAAGCCAGAGAAAGGCAGAGAGAAACCCUCGCAGAGGGAUCAAUCCUGCAAUGUACAGAUUACACCGAAUAUUUCUGGGAUGGAUGAAGUUUUAAUAGAGGUUUUUCCUGGUUGAUCAGCAAGUCUUUGACGCCUCAAAAAAACAGUAUGACAGGCCAAGUGCUCGAGGAGAGUGCAGAUUUGAAAUCCCACAGGCUCUCGGUGAAGACCUCGAUGGAGGAUGAUUCAGAGAGAGCAGACAGCACACUGAGUCGCGGCCAUUCGAUAUGUGAUGACACGUCCUCGGAGUUACAGAGGAUGGCCACGCUGGAGCCUUGUGGCCCAAACUCUCAGAAUUCCUUCCGGGGAAGAGGAGCACUGUCGAGGUUGGUGAGUAUGGUAGUGACGCUCCGAGAAUGGGCCCAUAAGAGCCUUCAGGAAGAGCAAGAAAGGCCAGAUUCAUUUCUGGAGCGUUUCCGAGGGCCUGAGCUUCGCAUUACGCACAGUCGCAUCAGCACCAAUCAACCUGAUCCGCAGGACGCUGGCGCCAAAACCAAGAAAAAGGUGGACGUGUUCAUUAUUGCACCAGCAGACGACAUGUACUACCACUGGCUGUUUAUCAUCGCCACAGCUGUACUCUACAACUGGUGCCUCCUGGUGGCAAGGGCCUGCUUUGAUGAACUUCAAACCAACAACUACAUUUUGUGGCUGGUUUUGGAUUACCUUUCUGAUCUGGUCUACAUACUGGACACCUGUGUGAGGCUGAGAACAGGUUUCCUGGAGCAGGGCCUUCUGGUGAAGGACCUCAAAAAGCUAAGAGAGCAUUACAUGAACACCCUCCAGUUUAAGCUCGACAUCUUGUCCAUCCUGCCCACGGAUUUGGCUUAUAUUGCCACUGGAAUCCAUGUGCCUGAGCUACGCUUCAAUCGCCUGAUGCGCUUUUCUCGCAUGUUUGAGUUCUUUGACCGCACUGAGACCCGCACCAGCUGCCCAAACACGUUUCGCAUUAGCAACCUGGUGCUCUACAUCUUGGUCAUCAUCCACUGGAAUGCCUGCAUCUACUUCGCCAUCUCCAAGUCUCUCGGUUUCGGGUCAGACCAGUGGGUUUAUCCUAACAUCUCACAUCCUGAGUUUGGCACCCUGACCAGAGGUUACAUUUACUGCCUCUACUGGUCCACUCUGACACUCACCACCAUUGGAGAAAUGCCAGCACCGGAACGUGAUGAGGAAUAUGUUUUUGUGAUCUUUGAUUUCCUAGUAGGCGUUCUCAUCUUUGCCACCAUUGUAGGCAAUGUAGGAGCUAUGAUUUCUAAUAUGAAUGCCACACGUGCUGAGUUCCAAGCUCGGAUCGAUGCCAUUAAACAAUAUAUGAAGUUCCGCAAGGUAAGCAAAGAGCUGGAGGCUCGGGUCAUUAAAUGGUUCGAUUACCUCUGGACCAACAAGAAGACAAUCGAUGAGCAAGAAGUGCUCAAAAACCUUCCGAACAAACUCCGGGCUGAGAUCGCCAUCAAUGUGCAUCUGGAAACGCUGAAGAAGGUGCGCAUCUUUCAGGACUGUGAAGCGGGCCUGCUAGUGGAGCUUGUCCUAAAGCUACGCCCUCAGGUCUUUAGUCCUGGCGACUAUGUUUGUCGAAAGGGUGAUAUUGGUAAGGAGAUGUACAUCAUCAAAGAAGGUCGUUUGGCAGUGGUAGCUGAUGACGGGGUGACCCAGUUUGCCCUCUUGACUUCUGGCAGCUGCUUCGGCGAGAUCAGCAUUCUGAACAUUAAGGGGAGCAAAAUGGGGAACCGUCGCACAGCCAACAUCCGCAGCAUCGGCUACUCGGACCUCUUCUGUCUCUCCAAGGGUGACUUGAUGGAAGCUGUGAUGGAAUACCCUGAUGCCAAGAACGUGCUGGAGGAGAGGGGCCGCGAGAUCCUUCGGAAGGAAGGCCUACUGGAGGAGCUGGGACUUGGGGGGCUUACAAGUGAACAGAUAGAGGAGAAAGUAGAGCAGCUCGAGGCAUCGUUGGACACGCUGCAGACCCGUUUCGCCCGGCUGCUGGCGGAGUACACAACCACUCAGCAGAGGCUCAAACAGAGGCUCACUGCCGUGGAGUGCAAGCUGCAGUGCUCAGGCAGUGGAUAUCUGUCUGAUGGGAUCGAGAGCCCUACCGAUGGUGACGGCACUCACAGUGAGGUGAACAUUCAGCUGGGAACACAACUGUUUACACAAAAUUGUUAGUAUGUAAAUUUGCUAAUAGGUUCCUUUUUUUAGUUCUUAUAUAUUUUUUCUGUAUUUAUAUGCAGUACAUAUUACAUCUUUUUUUCACUGAAUUCUUUAUGUUGAAGAUAUUCAGUUCAUAUCAUUUUUACAUGACUUGAUCAUUAGAAUUAGCAGUACAUACAUGAUUUUUAUUCCUUACCAAAUGAAAAAAAAUCUGAAGCGCAUCUUCAGUUAUACAGUUCUGUACAUCUCAUAGUUUUCUUGUCGUUUUUUGUAAGCUGCCAUAUCAUUUAAUGUACAAAUACACAGAAUGUACAGAAAAAUAUACUCAUGUACAUAUUUCCUUCUAUAUAAUUUCCAUUUUAGUGAUGCUUUGAUAGAUUUUUUGUAUUCAUUCAU